AACAACACCGGAUUGAGGAAAUUGACGAUGGCAUUCUAUGUGCAAAACAAACUUGUUUAAAGCUGACAGCAAUGCAGCCCGGGCUGGUUAAUUCACUAUCACAUAAGAAGAGCGCAGCUCCUCCCCGGUGCGCAACACCUCAGCAUCGCUCACAGUGUGUUUAGUAUCGAUCCAAGCCAUGCAUUUAUACGCAAUUACAGUGUUGUUCCUGAUGAUGCUCGGGGUUGCUGAUGGUUGGGGUGUGGGUGGUAAAUAUGCAGUGAACUGCCCGGAGAAUUGUAACGCAGCCCUGUGCGCCUCGACGCAACGCUGCAGACGCACGGUGUUGGAUGACUGCGUAUGCUGCCAGGUCUGCGCCGCGGGACGGGGAGAACACUGCUAUCGAACCGUGUCCGGGAUGCACGGCGUAAAGUGCGGACCGGGACUCUUCUGUGACUUCUACAAGGAUGAGGAUGAUUAUGGUGACGAAUAUGGGAUCUGUAAAGACUGCAUGUAUGGAACGUACGGUAUAGAAUGCAGGAAAACAUGCAACUGUAAAGCAGGAGGACUCUGUGACAGAGAGACGGGAGCUUGCUUGUCUUUUAAAUUAUUGGCCAGGAUGGCCAAACUUAAAUCCCAGGCAAACGAAGGUAAUGAGCUGGGCUCAGGUGACACCAGCAGCAGCAACAGAUCGUCCGUUCGUAACUUUCUCAGCCCUCGCUGACAGACAUUCUUGCAUCCUCUUCAUUAAGUCAGUGUAUGUAGCAAUAUAAAUGAAAGGACCAAACUGAUUUUAAUAUGUUUAAAAAGGCAGAUGAUGACGACUAUAUUGUUGUCGUGUAUAUCUUACAGAUAUAUUUUGCAGACAUGUUAUGUCUUCCAUCCAAAGCAUUUCCUACUGCAUGCACUUCUGCAUUAAUUCACAUACACAUGCUUACAGGAUACAUCACACACUCAUACGAACAUUUAAAAUAAUUCAAUAUCUGAUGAUAAUGUUAUUCUAUGGUUCAUUUACACACAAACUUUCACACACUUUUAAAUCAUGAUUGUAUUACAUGGAUUGCACAUGUUAAAAAAAUCUUAAACAUUCUAUUAUAUUCUUUCUGAGCAACAUCAGAGUCAAAGUUCACCGAUACAGUAUGAUGUCACACUUUCAACCACACGGUUCUGUUUGAUUUCUCUUUGAUCCUAAACAAUAAUGCUUUCUUUGGGCCCGACGUAAAGGCUGAGGAGAUGAUUAUAAUUUAUGUACAUUUUCAUCUGUGUGGUAUUAUGAAGUGUUUUUCUUCAAGGAGAUAUUCAUAUUUUCCUCUGUUUAUAUGAAAUUUAAAUUAAAGCAACUUUAUUCA